UAAAAAACAAGAAAAGAAAAAGGCCCUGUUUUUGCCAUUGCCACAUUCUCCACUUCUUACAAAGUUACACCUCUAUUUUUUUACACGGUUUUGCCACCCCAAGUAUUUGCCUGCAAUUUGCAAACUAGACUUUCUCGACUCUUCUGAAAGCUGACUCCAUUUUCAGAAAAUUCCCUCUGCUAUUACUCGAUCAGAGGUGAGACCAACGUUCAAGAAAACAAAAUGGUGUCUUUUUCGGAAAUCAAAGCAGGAGCCCAUCUCAAUGGAGUCGCCAUUUUUGUUGGGAUUUUGGUUUUUUGUCUUAGCUUCACGACCACUGAUGCUUAUGAUGCCCUUGAUCCUAACGGGAAUAUAACUGUGAAAUGGGAUGUUAUGAGCUGGACUCCGGAUGGAUAUGUCGCUGUUGUUACAAUCUUUAACUUUCAGAAAUAUCGCCACAUUGAAUCACCAGGGUGGAAAUUGGGGUGGACAUGGGCCAAAAAAGAAGUGAUUUGGAGCAUGCUGGGAGGUCAAGCUACAGAACAGGGAGAUUGUUCAAGAUUCAAAGGAAACAUUCCCCAUUGCUGCAAAAAGAAUCCCACAAUUGUGGAUUUGUUGCCAGGAACCCCUUAUAACCAGCAGAUUGCAAAUUGUUGCAAAGGUGGAGUUAUAAGUUCUUGGGUCCAAGAUCCGGCAAAUGCAGCAAGCUCGUUCCAAUUAAGUGUUGGUCAAGCUGGGACCAGCAAUAAGACCGUUAGAUUACCAAAGAACUUCACCCUACUGGGACCAGGGCCUGGAUAUACAUGUGGACCUGCUAAAAUAGUAAAGCCAAGCAAAUUUACAACCCCAGAUAAAAGGAGAGUUACACAAGCUCUAAUGACAUGGAAUGUGACUUGCUCGUAUUCACAAUUCCUCGCUCAAAAGACACCAACCUGCUGUGUCUCACUCUCUGCCUUCUACAAUGACACAAUUGUGGGAUGUCCAACUUGUUCUUGUGGCUGUAAGAAUAUAACUCAGCCAGGAACUUGCGUAGACCCUGAUUCUCCGCACAUAGCUUCUGUUGUUUCAAACUCCGACAAGAACAACUUAGCUCCUCUUGUCCAGUGUACCAGCCAUAUGUGCCCUGUCCGAAUCCAUUGGCAUGUCAAACUUAACUACAAAGAAUACUGGCGUGUGAAGAUAGCAAUCACAAAUUUCAAUUAUAGAAUGAACUACACACAAUGGAACCUUGUCGCCCAACAUCCCAACUUCGACAAUCUCACUCAGAUAUUCAGUUUCAACUACGAGCCAUUGACGCCGUAUGGUUCCAUAAAUGACACGGCCAUGUUAUGGGGGGUAAAAUUUUACAACGACCUGCUCAUGCAAGCUGGCCCGUAUGGAAAUGUGCAAUCGGAGCUGUUAUUCAAGAAGGACAAAACAACUUUCACAUUCGACAAGGGUUGGGCUUUCCCAAGAAGAAUAUACUUCAACGGGGAAAAUUGUGUAAUGCCACCACCGGAUUCUUACCCAUACCUGCCAAAUUACGGUGUUCGUCUACCUAUCUCUAUGCUUCAUCUAAUAGUAACUAUUAUGGCAUCUUCGGUUGUCUUACUAUCGUAUCUCUGGUAAGCUCAAACAAUGGAAUAUGAAGAAGAAAAUUGGAUUGCCUGAUUCAUAGGAGAAAACAAUUCCUUGAUGUUCAAAUGGUCACAAUCCUUGUGCCUGGCAGUUCGGGAGCUCAUACUCAUGGUGGAAUAUUUUCAGUACAGUGAACUGAAUAAUAUGCAGUCGACUCUCAUUUGUUCUGUUACCGUUGUGCUGUAUUUUGCUGUUAACUUGAUUGUAUAUGUACAAAAUAACCCCCCAGGAAAAGUAUAUUAGAGGAACUCGAAGGCCAAAUUCAUUGUAAAGUUCUUAUCUAUUUUGCAGAAUUUAAGUUGUGAAAUCUUUUUCCAGUCUCA